UGAGAUAUCUUCUUUUGUCAGAAGCCCAACGAUUCAAUAAUUUCCAUAUCAAGUGGAGUGGAAUAUUUAGGGUAUUACUUUUUUCUUCUGUGAGAUCACCUUUACCUCAGUUUAAGGACUUUUACCCUUUUUUUUUACUUUUGACACAAGGAUAUUCAAGGAUGCAUUUUGUGACGGCUGUGAGUCCUUUUGUGGUCAUUACUCUAUUUUUGUCACUGGUCGAAACCAAGUUCUACAGACCACUCCAAUUUAACCAGUAUAAAGCUGGGCUCAAUCAACACCAUGACCAGGGGAGAGCCACCAGCAGACACAAGAACCACUGUGCCUAUGUGGUUGAAAAGACAGUGUCCUUCACCGUGCAGGACGGGGCAGCCCCAUAUGUAAAAGCUGAAUACAACAAGUGCUCCUGGGGUCAGAAAUGUCCAACUCUACAGUAUCGUCUGAUGUACAAACCAAUCUACAAGGUGGCACAUAAAGCAGUCACAGAGCUGGAGUGGCGUUGUUGUCCCGGUUACUCUGGUUAUGGCUGUAUGGAGGGACAUCCAGUUUACCACCAUCCCAUGAAAAUGAUGCCACCAUUCAAGGGCCCACAGAUGAAAGGCCCGCAGUUUAAGGGGCCACAGUUCAAGGGCCCGCAGUACAAAGGUCCCAUGUUCAAGGGUCCCAUGUUCAAGGGCCCACCUAUUAACACUGUUGUGAAGGGCAACCCAUGGAGUCAAAAUAAAGGACCUCCCACCGGCGGUUUUAACUCCUACCCAAUGCGCCACUUUGGGCCUCCAAGGACCUCAUUCCCAGAAACCUCCUUGGAGCCCUAUCCAUCCGAGCCAGAGACAAUGCCAAUGCCAGAGCACCAGGAACCACAUCACACAGAGCACGACCAAGAACAUGACCAAGAACAUGACCAAGAACAUGACCAAGAACAUGAACAUGAACAUGAACAUGAACAUGAGCAUGAGCAUGAGCGUGAACAAAGCCAAGGACCUGAGGAACACAUACCAGAAGAAAUCACUCCUGCUCCCUCUGCUGGUGAGCAGCCUGAAGGUGAGACCAUAGGCCAGACUAUCGACCGUGAAACAGAGGAACGGCUAUAUCAAAUGGAGGAGGAUGUGCGACGUCUAAACCAGGGUCUGGAAACCCUGAGGGGAACUGUGAAUGGACUGGAAGAUAGUCUACGAGCCUCGCUGAGAGAGGAUGCCAACCGGAUGCUGUCAGCUCUUCUCUCUGCUGCCCCUGGUCCUGUUCCCGCUCCUGUUGUAGCCUCUGGUCCAUCCAGUGUAGGGUUUGUAGAGAUUCCAGGGGGAAACCCUGAGACAGAGGGUCUAGAUGGCAGACACGUGUUUCCAGGCCUCACAGAUCUAAAUGGAAGGGUAGAGGAGCUCAGGACAGAGCUGCAAGCCAAGACAGCAGAGCUGCAGGAACUCAAAGCAACAGUGACAGGACAUGAUGGAGCACUGAAGAAGAUGUCAAAUGUAGCUGGGGUGGUGUCAGACUCCAGCCACAAUCUUGGGGACAAUGCACAGAAAGUUAUGGAGAACUUAAUGGAUGCAAAGCUGAGUGAAGCAAGGACCGAAAUUCUUGGUGGGUUUGAGAUACGUGUGGAGAGUGCAGAGGGCCGAUGCGAGGAGAAAGCUGGGGAUUUGCGUCAUCAGUGCCAGAGGGAGCAAAGUGAGAGGCAGGAGCAGAUGGAGGACGCUCUUGUGGAGAGUAACACAGACUUAAGAACAGAUCUGAGAAACCUCCAGGCACAGAUCCAUGGUUUAAAGGCAACAGAGAGCUGUUCAGGUAGAGUGAGUGGACUGGUUGAAAGAGUACAAAUGCUGGAAACAUCAAUGGCAGGCCUCAACCAGUCCCAGGGGCAGCUGAGGGUGGAGCUAGGUGGACACAAAGACCACAUAGAGGGAAUGCUGGAGGGGCGUCUGGUGUAUGUAGAGUCCAAGCUCAACCUGACUGGGCAGAUUAAAAGUGAUGAGUCUGUAAGGAGUAGUGUGGUCCCAGACAGAGCUGAGACAGGACAGGAAGUGGAAGCCAGAAUGGAUGGUAAGAUGAUGGCUCUGGAAGGCCGUUUACUGAUGGCUUUGGAGGAGCUGGGUAAUGCCACUGCUCCCGCAUUGCUUGAAGGUCAUGCUGUUCCCACUCUGGAGACAGAACUGGAGUCUCUCAGAAGGAGACUAGCGGUAGAUGUGGACAGAGUUCAGAAGCACCUGAGCAGCCUUGAGGUUCUCUGCUCCUCUUCCUGUUCCUCACCUCAAAACCCAUCUGCUGUCCAAGGAGACUCAGCGGCGACAGGUGCUAACCUGGCAGAGGAGCAGAAGGUGAAGGAGGCAAUCAACAAGCAAGGUGACCGUUUGAAUAGCCUCAAUGUCACAAUGCAGAACAUCCUGAGCCGUCUGACCCCCAGGGAACAGCAGGAACAAGCAGAGGGCGGUUAUACCAUCCAGGGAGAGCUCACAAUCCUCCAGUUCAAUGUCCGCUCAGUCAACCAUACCCUCAAAGGCCUCCAGGAUUCCCUGGGGACAGUAGUCCACCAGGUGGACCAAGCCAACAGCUCCUGGCAUGAGAGAGAGGCUCGUCUGGCGCAGCAGAUAAAGGGUGUGGUGCAGCUGGUUGGACAUCAGGCUUCCAUGCUUGGGGCAGGUGAGCGCAAACUGACCCGGGUUAAAGUUGACCUGCAGGAGAUGAAGAGGCGGCUAGCCGAGGAGGUCCGGGGCUGCCGGAGCACAGCAAUGGGGGUCCAGAAAGAGGUAAUUGAGGUUGGAGGGCGCGUAACCAGUGUGGAAGACCAGUGCAAGGGCCUGAACUACUUAGCAGAUGACCUGGAGAGAAUCAGGGAGGAGUUGGAGAGACAAUCGAAUGGGCUUCUUGUGCAAGUCAAUGGGACUCUUUCCAGCCAUGCUCAGCAGCUGUCCGAGCUGAGAGGCGAACUCAGAAACUGCAGCUCCCAGGUAGAGCCAACACAAAAGAGUUUAGAGCUGGAGCCAGAGCUGAGACGAGGGGACACCUUCACUUUGAAUUAGUUCAGUUCACACAGAGUUACGGACAAUAGAUUUUAUAAAUGAAUGAAAAAGGGGAAAAUACUCUGCAGGUGUAGUGGGUGUCCACUUAAACCCCCCAUCUAAUAAUUUGAAUUUGAAUUGUAAAAUACAAAGGUUUUGAACCUGCACUGAAGGAUGAUUUUAAUGUUAACAAACUGCACCUGUGUUACUGUACUGUUUCUGUAAAGCUUUCAAAAAAUAUUGUAUGAACGCUUGCAUAACAAUGUUUACAUGUUUAAGAUUUUGUAUUGAUUUUUUCUUAUGACUAGACUAGAAGUAUACAAGAUAUUAUGUUUUUAUAUGAUUUCAGUUCUUGAGCAUCCAUUUCUAUUCUGAUUGUAACACGACAUAAUAUGUUAGCAUUUCAAGCUAUACAAAGUUUAAUUUCAAGGUUUUUCAACACUGACAAUCCAAU